GCACAUAAGCCAUCUAUCUAUUAGCGGUGACUAAAAGCGUGUAAGCGGCUGAAGCUAUAAAUGCGCCUGCACGCGCCGCACCGCAGACCACUUUCCGCUCGAGACGGUCACGCGCUCUUGCUGUGAAUACAAAACGACACUCAAUAACACCGUCGAAGAACUUUUAGACUAAGCAGGAAACAUGUCCACGGUGAGCGCGCUACCUUUCUUCAAACCCCUCCAUGCGUCCGUGUCGCCCGCGAGACAGCGGCGCCACACACUUCCGGCCAGCGAGUUCCGGUCCCUCAACACCGAGGACGCGAUCAGUGUGUUCGAGAUCGAGAGAGAGGCGUUUAUCUCUGUGUCUGGCGAGUGUCCACUGCACCUGGAUGAGGUGCGUCACUUCCUCACCCUCUGCCCCGAACUGUCCCUUGGCUGGUUUGUGGAAGGCAGGCUCGUCGCUUUCAUCAUUGGCUCGCUGUGGGACCAGGAGCGUCUCACCACAGAAGCUUUGACCCUUCACAAACCUCACGGUACCACGGUGCACAUCCACGUGCUGGCGGUGCACCGUACGUUCCGACAGCAGGGCCGCGGUUCCAUCCUGAUGUGGCGCUACUUGCAGUAUCUUCGCUGUCUGCCGUACGUUCGCCGUGCUGUGCUCAUGUGUGAAGAUUUUCUCGUGCCCUUCUACCAGAAAUCCGGCUUCAAGGUUCAGGGCCCGAGUGAGAUCACAGUGGGGCCGCUGACCUUCAUCGAGAUGCAGUACGCCGUGCGUGGUCACGCCUUCAUGCGCCGCAAUAGUGGCUGCUGAGUUGACUCAGCUGCCGUUGCUACUUUACGUUACCCCAGAUGCCAAAGCAGGGUGGAGUGGGAGGCUUAUUCUGGCGGGGAAGUUUUGUCACAGCUUCUGCUUCGAGUCUAGCUUCCGUCUGUGGUGUCUAAGUGUUUGCCCACAUUUGUAAACGGGAAGUUGUAUUAAAAAAAAUGAAAGGAGGGAAAGAAAUAAAUUAACAAACCAUUCCACCUUCGUACCACCUUCGUAACGGCUGGUUUCAUGUUGUUCAUACAUUUUCAUCUUUGUUCCCUAUCAUCCACAAGAUGUUUUUGUGUUCUUUUCAUUAAGAAACACUAUUUGUUCUCCUUGGAGCACUUGUGCUUUAUUUUUCUAUCACAUUAAAAAAAAAACAAAAAAACCUUCAUUAUCAGAAAGGAGGCAACGGUGGUGUAGUUAAAGAACAACAAACCAUAUGGAGGAGACAAUAAAAAUCCAAAUUCUCUACUAAUGAGACGGUAUUGGGGUGGAUUGGGAUUUUAAGUGUCUCCUCUACACAUUGUUAAAUAUACUCUCAGAAAUGUAUCACCAUAUCAGUACUGUAUGGUCAUAUCACCCUGUCCUACAUAGUGUGCAUGUGUUAUAAUAAACAGUUCCUUGGGCGUUGAGCUGUAACGCUAUUUCAGCCUUGUUGUUAAGUAUCUUGUGGUUGCUCUAGAUGUUUGUCUUGUAAAAGCAUUAAAGCAGCAUUGACUUGACACCCUGCUACUGUACUCUUCUCUAAUCCGAGACCUAGAAUGAUCGAUUCAAACAAAUUAGCUUGUGCUCUGCCAGGACAACACAAGGACAGGUUUCUAAUCCUGCACGUGUAAACAAUAUUCUUUAAGGCCCUGAGGAAACUGCUUAGAAUUGUUUCCAUCCAUUCUCUAAAAAAACUAGAAAAAUUGUAUGAAAGAAGUCAUUUUGUAAAGAAUUCAUUGUAUUUAAAAGUUAACCAGAGAAUUCCUCUUUAAUUUUUUAGCUUGUAAGCCUACACGAGAGCUGAACGCAGGAUGUUUAGCUACAGUGAUGCUAAGGUUGAGACGGCUUGAUCUGCAUUAGAGAGCAUUAUCAGCGGGUUUGUUUCCAGGACCUUAAGUAACCUUUCAAAACCUGUACAUGGAUUCCAACAUUCAAAAGCCACACAAUUGGUCAAGUUAAAUACGUCCAAUAUUAACCACCCCCUUAUUCUGGAUAGAAUUUUGCCUUUUGCAGUAGACAUGCACCACCUUUGCCUCUGGAGUCUUGCAUUAAGAGAUCUUUGAUUUUGUACAUGUUCUGUGUAUAUAUAAAAAUAAUAAACCAGAUUUUUCACUA